AUGAGAGCCAGACAGUUGGCCAAAAAGCUUGAAACUCGACAUCCUGAAGGAUUGAGCCACCUUGAAUUGUUCUUGGCAACCGAAGACCUGUUGCCUGUUACGGAAGAGAAGAAAACAUGGACUGCUUGGAGUUUCGUCUCAUUCUGGAUUGCCGAUUCAUUCAAUCUGAAUACCUUCACGAUCGCGUCCUCUAUGAUAGCAGCUGGUCUUAACUGGUGGCAGGCUUUGGUCUGUGUCAUAAUCGGUUAUGGCUUGGUCGGUCCUUUGCUUGUGCUCAACGCCCGACCAGGUGCAGUUCACGGUAUUGUCUUCCCAGCUGUCAACCGUACCACUUUCGGUCUUUUCGGUUCAUUGUGGCCAGUCUUCAAUAGAGCCGGUAUGGCAUGCAUUUGGUGGGGGGUUCAAGCAUGGUUGGGGGGCGAAUGUGUAUAUGUCUUGUUGAGAGCCUUGUGGCCAAGUGUUACUCGGAUUCCGAAUAAGAUGCCAGCUAGUUCGGAGACGACUUCGGCCUACAUCCUCUCCUUCGUAAUCUACUGGCUGUUAUCACUCCCCACCAUCUGGGUACCGAUUCAUAAACUCAAAUGGCUCUUUGCUGCUAAAGCCGUCGUCGGACCCAUUGUCGGAUUCGCUUUGUUCGGUUGGUCGAUCUCCCGCGCUGGAGGUAUCGGACCUGUCUUCUCCCAACCAGCCCAACUCUCGGGAUCGGCCCUUGGCUGGCAAAUGAUCAUAUCCAUCUCAUCAUGUUUCAAUAACAUGUUCACCUUGAUCACCAACGCCCCCGAUUUCGCUUCGCGAGCCAGGACCCCAUCGGCGGCUGUUUGGCCACAGAUUAUCGCUAUGCCUAUCGGGUUCAGUGUCACCAGUUUUCUGGGGAUCGUCAUCGCCUCAUCCACUGUCCCUCAGUUCGGUGAACAAAUAUGGGACGUUGUCAAAAUCAUGGACAAAAUGCUUGACACCAAUGGGGACUCCAAGACACGAGCUGGAUUGGUGUUUAUAAGUGCCGGGUUCAUCUACGUUCAGCUCCUUCUCAACGUUGCGGCCAACUCUGUCUCGGCUGGUUGUGAUUUGACAGCUCUAUUCCCACGAUACAUCAACAUCCGCCGAGGAGGAUACAUCGCGGCGAUCGUCGGAAUAUGUAUGAACCCUUGGCUACUGUACAAAUCGAGUGCUACUUUUGGUAACUACCUUGGUGCUUAUGGCGUCCUCUUGUCUUGUAUCGCUGGACCAAUGAUCACCGACUACUGGCUCGUCAGACGGGGUCACAUGAGACUGAAUGAUUUGUAUACUGUCGACAGAAGUGGAUGGUAUUGGUACACUGCAGGUAUACACUGGAGAGGUUACGUCGCGUAUCUCUGUGGAUUCGCCGUCAACGCACCUGGUUUCAUACACACUUUGGCACCCAAUGUCUCUGUUCCGGUUGGUGCCCAAAGAAUCUACUACCUGUCGUGGAUCACGGGUACAGGUAUAUCCGGUCUGGUGUACUACCUGCUAUGUCUUCUAUCUCCACCUCCUGGAAUGAACCGAACCUUCUGCGAGAUUGACGAAUCUGCCGGGGAACCAAGGAUCGACGAGACCAUGCGUGAGAAAUACUCCAGUCCUAGGGAAGGCGCGGGAGUUCCGUCUCCAUCUGGGCAGUCUGGAGAAGAAGGAGACGGGUAUGGAUAUGAUGAGAAGGCGAAGAGAAUUGGUACUGAGGUUCAUGUCCUACCAUCUCGGGAAGGGUAA